UAGGAUAAAACACAUACAAUAGACCAUAGAAAGCCCAUAAACCCUUAUUUCCGUCUAUAUAAAACCUUGACUUCCUGCCCUUUUUGCUCAUUACUUCAUCUCUACAUCCCGGAACAAAAAGCAAAUCAUGGCAGAAAGAGGCGGCGGCGAACGCGGUGCUUUCAGGCGUGGCUUCGGCGGCGGGAGAUCCGACCGUGGGCCAAGAGGUCGGCGCCGUGGCCGCAAGGAUGAGGAGGAGAAAUGGGUUCCUGUUACAAAACUUGGCCGUUUAGUCAAAUCGGGAAAAAUCACAUCCCUCGAACAAAUUUACCUCCACUCCCUCCCCAUCAAGGAGUACCAAAUCAUCGACCAACUCGUUGGCCCUUCACUGAAAGACGAGGUGAUGAAGAUCACUCCCGUCCAGAAACAAACACGUGCCGGCCAGCGCACUCGUUUCAAGGCAUUCGUUGUCGUCGGCGACGGAAACGGGCACGUUGGGUUGGGGGUGAAGUGCAGCAAAGAAGUAGCGACGGCAAUAAGAGGGGCGAUAAUAUUGGCCAAGUUGUCGGUGAUACCAGUAAGGAGAGGCUACUGGGGGAAUAAGAUCGGGAAGCCUCAUACAGUGCCGUGUAAGGUUACCGGAAAAUGUGGUUCGGUCACUGUUAGGAUGGUGCCAGCUCCUAGAGGUGCGGGGAUUGUGGCUGCUAGGGUGCCCAAGAAGGUGCUUCAGUUUGCUGGGAUUGAAGAUGUUUUCACUUCUUCAAGGGGUUCCACCAAGACUCUUGGUAACUUUGUAAAGGCCACCUUCGAGUGUCUUCUGAAAACUUAUGGUUUCUUGACUCCUGAUUUCUGGAAAGAGACUCGAUUCACAAGAUCUCCUUUCCAAGAGUAUACUGAUCUGUUGGGAAAGCCAUCAAAGACGCUCGUACUCGAGGAUGUCGAGAGAGUGGAUGUAUGAUGUGCCUUCAGGGCCUUAGAAUAGUAAAAUAUCAAGUUCCUUUUGUGUAGUUUAAGUUAAAAUGAUGCUAUCUUCACUCUUUUUGAUUGCUUUUGUAUUGUCAGAGAGAUAUUUGGAAUUUCAGCAACCGCAUAUUGUUUUUCUCUUA